UCCCUCCCUCCCGUUUUCAUCUCUCCCUCUCUGGCUCCACUUGGUGAUAGUCAUUGUUUGUCUUCUCUUCGUUGGGGCAGCCUCAUCUCUCCUGAAGGAUGUCGGGCCUUCUGACUACUAACUCCAGCUCCGUGCUCCUCUUGCUGUCUCUCUCCCUGGCCCUCCUCCUCCUUCCGCCGCUGACGCUGGACGCUAAGUCAUUGUCCGCUGCCCCUGGCGUGGGGGGGCGUGGUCUGGACGCCACAGGAGGCGGGGUCAGGCGUCUCCGCAGAGAUCUCCGUGAUUCACUGCCGUACGAGGCCGGGAUGAUGUCCUAUCCUGGCGAGUCGGCUGACGUCCUGACCCGGCGGGGGGGCAACGAGCUGCUCUAUCAACCCGAGGAGUGGAGGGGGCAGGGCUUAAGCCAUGCUGUGCAGCAAUUGGUGGAGAACGACGAGAGGCACGAACAGGACGCGGCGUACCUGGCCGGGUUGCUCCGCCUCCUCAGUGAAGCCGAAGGAACUGCCGGAGAGGAUGGAGGUGUGGAGGACCAGGGGCCAGCGGACUUCCAAGGGCACUAUACCCGUGACUACGAUGAGACAGAGCAGGGGAUGAGAAUGGGAAAGCCCCAGGCUGCAGCUCCAUGGCAAGGCCUACUGGACCCACAGCUCACCCAGGCCCUGCUCAACAGAUACAGGCAGGAGAGGCUGCAGCAGCAGGCUGGGUUACCAGGUCUACCAGCCACCAUCAACAGGCUUACAGAUGACAGGCUGGAAACAGGCAGCCAGGACCGAGACCAGGAGGCUCUGAGAUACCUCGUAACCAAGAUCCUGUCCAGCAUUGGUCCCAACAACCCCCAGGGUUCAUCAGGCCGCCGGGCGAGGAGGGACCUGGUGUCUGUGUCUGGUGGUGGGGGUGGAGGUGUCAGAGCAGCCUCAGAACCAGUCUUCCACAGGUCCCGUCGCUCCCUGGUCUCCCCUCCUACUCCCUCCCCCCAGCCGGGAGCCCUCUCCGGGGCUUCUGAGGAGAGAGAGGGCCACAAGACCCAAAACCAUGCUGUGGGGUUACAGAGGAUGAAGAGGAUCGACACCGAACUACAGGCCCAGCCUGGUGGGAGGCCCAGCCGCAGGAGAAGAGCCCUGAACUACGACCCCCAAGCCCUAACCCACGACCCUGAGCUGCUGGUCCAACACAUCUUACACUACCUGCCACAGUAGAGAGGGAGAGAUAGAGAGACAGUGAGAGAGAGAGAGAGAGAGAUGGAGAGAGACAGUGAGAGAGAUGUGGAGAGAGAUGGAGAGAGAGAUAUGGAGAUGGAGAGAGAGAAACAGAGAGAGAUAGAGAGAUGGAGAUAGAGAUAUUAGAGGGAGAGAGAGAAACAGAGAUAGAUAGAGAGAUAGAGAUAUAGAGACAGAUGGAGAGAGAGCGAGAUAGAGAAGCAAAGAGAAUGGAGAGAGAGAUGGAGAGAGAGAUGGAGAGAGAUAUGAAGAGAGAUGGAAAGAGAGAGGGAGAGAGAGAUGGAGAGAGAGCGAGAUAGAGAAGCAAAGAGAGAGAGAAACAGAGAUAGAUAGAUGGAGAUGGAGAGAGAUAUAGAGACAGAUGGAGAGAGAGCGAGAUAGAGAAGCAAAGAGAAAGAUGGAGAAAUGAGAGAGAGAUAUGGAGAGAGAUGGAAAGAGAGAUGAAGAGAGAUGGAAAGAGAGAUGGAGAGAGAGCGAGAUAGAGAAGCAAAGAGAGAGAUGGAGAGAGAGAGGGAGAGAGAGAUGGAGAGAGAGAUGGAGAGAGAGAUGGAGAGAGAGAGAGAGAGAUGGAAAGAGAGAUAGAUAGCCUCAUGCUUUUUAACAGUGUAGUAACACCUUCUAACACUCUAUAUAUUAUAACAUUCAUAAAUGUAUUUGAAAUAAAGCUUCAAUCAAAGUA